AUGCCUUGGUUGGCUACGCACCAACCAUGGAUCGACUGGCGUACACGCACAGUCGCUAACUCUACGCAAGACACCGGAAAGGAUGUGCUUUUGCGAGAGGCUAAUGUGACUGAUGCUGUGUCCAACACAGUCGAGGGUGCGCUGAAGGUAUGUCAGACGUCACCAAGUACUACCCAGCUCGUGGAGCCUGGAGUAGUGGAUGAGGCGAUGACAGGGAGUCAUGCGUCUAAGGGUCCUGCACAGAGCCGAGAGCCUGUGGCAGUCGAUGGUGGGCUGACGGAAAGUCAAGCACCACAAGAACCGGCACAGAGCCUUGAGCCAGGUGCGGUUGGAAGGAGUGUAUUAGCUAUAGCAACAACGACACCUGCUUUCAGGGCAAAGGUCGUGGUGACUCGAACAACAAGCACCAGACGUAUUAAGACGAUCAAGGGCACGUCGAAACGAGUGACCGUUGGAUCAGACUCGGUCCAAGAGGACGAGCCUUCGAGCUAG